GAUCUCAUAGACUUGAAAAAAAGCAAAUAAAAAAGUAUUUUUCUUAAGUAAUAGUCAGAGACCAGUUAUAUAACAUGUAAUGGGAUUAAGCUGUAAAAUGGUUUUAACACUAUUGUGAAGUGCUAUAAAGAAGUAAUUAAUGACAUCAUUGAAAUGAACACACCUUGCAUAUCCUUGUGAAUAAAAUUCUUUUGUACAAGUCACAUCUUUGUCAGGGAAGCUAGAAAUAAUGAAGAAAUAUAAAAAGAAAAUAGCGAAUGAGAGGACUGGGAAUUCUUACAUUGUUAAAAAAAUGCUUCAUCAAUGUGAUAAGGAUGUUAUAUCAUUUGAACAAGAGACAAACAUCUCUCCUGAGCUCGAGGAUCCAGCUGACAGCGAGAAGACUUCCAUCAAGAGGAGAAUAUUGAAGGUUGCUGUAACGAUCAUGUUUCUUGUCAUGGCAGUUGGUGUGAUUGUAAUAUGGUCGUUACACGAUGGUGGAAAGGAAAAUAAACAAGCCAAGUUCAUCUUCUUUCAUGCUAAUGAUCUGUAUUUGAAAAUUGAUACUGGACAUGAAGACCAAACAUCUCUUGCAGGAAGUAUCGGUGGGGAUCUGUUUGUUGUACCGGGUUCUGAUGAAAGGGGGAUAGAUAAAUGCAUAAGUGAUGCAAAAUGGUGUUUCACAUGGAAAGAGAAAACAGUUUUGACAGUUGAUUAUGUUAAAAGAGAGUUAAUGGGAUGUAUGGAUAUUUCAUGGCAAAAUAUAACAUCUAUUUUCCCUACUGAUUGUUAUGAAUUGAAAAUGGGAUAUUGGUUUGGAAUGGGUGGUAAAGAAAAAUGGAUUGCAAAUAACAAUCCCCUGACUGAAGAUUAUUACCUCCCUGGUUAUGAUAAACAACAUGGAAAUGUCUAUGAGUUUUAUUUACUUUCAUCAUAUGGAACGUCCUUUUACAUUGUUAGUGAAGAUCCAUUUCGGUUACGGCUAAAUGAAACAGAUGACACUAAGCUAUGUAUAUCACCUGUACCAGUUGGUCCACGGAUGCACACGUCACUUGAAUACUCUAUAUGUCAAGGCGACUCAAUUCAGAAUACACAUACUGGUGCAUCAAUGAUGUCACAUAGACAGUCUACAGGCUCAAAUAAAGUCAAUAUAACACCAUAUGAAAGAUUUUCGUGGAGUGUUGGGAAUACGGAUGAACUCUUAAACGUAACAAAAGUAACAGAUUUUAUGGAGAAAUUGAAAAAAAGAGGUUACCAAUGUGGAGAAAUUGAAAUUGAUUACAAGUGGGAAACAUUUGAAGGAGACUUUGAGUUUGAUUCCAGUAUUAAGAAUACCUUGAAUAUCCUAAAGAACCAUGACUGUCAAUUUAUUUUACCCAUAUCUCCUGUUGUAACGUAUAUGUCAAAAAUGUUUGAUUAUGGUGUUAAAAAUGAAUUAUUUGUCAAAGAUGUGUAUCAGAACACAGUUAGAUUGUAUAGUUAUGGUGACAUACAAGGAGCAUUGUUAGACAUGUCAGUUGAAAACACUAGAGAUAUCAUAAAAGAGAAGUUAAAAAAUCUGGCAAAUGUUAUAAAUAUUUCAAGCUUUAAACUGAAAAUGGUUCCAGUUUCAGUUCAUACUUCUGCAGCGGAUGGAGGAAGAUUCUCUGUAAGCAGAAUUUUCCGAGGCUGGAUUAAUGCUAUUGAAAGCGUAGGAAAGGUACAUAUUCUUGAAAAUGUUUAUCGAGCUCAAGAUAAGUCAGUACUUAUUGAAGUAGGGAGUAGUAUAAGCCUUAAUACUAACAACGAAUCAUGUCUCUCCAAUCCUUUUCCUACGGUGUUUACAUUAGGUAUCGAUGGAUAUCCUUAUCUGUUGUCAACUGUGUCUAAAAAUAACUUGACCUCUGACCUUUUUAUUCGGUGGUUACAGUAUUCCACAUUUUUCACUGGACUGACUUUACCAUCUGAUACACUUUUUAUGAGGAAUGGAACAAGGCCUUUUGUUACUAAAGUUAAAAAGUUUCGUGAUGGAUUUGUAUCCCAGAUAAUACGAUCUCUGCAGCCUGAUGUGUCGCCCAGUCAGCCUAUCUUACUGCCUUUAUGGUGGCAUUAUUCAAGCGACGAGAAGGUCUUUGGGAUAGAAAAUCAGUUUUUGUUCAAUGAAACUAUUCUGAUAGCUCCAGUAUUUUGUGCCGGACAAAUGACAAGAGAUAUUUAUCUUCCAGCGAUAGAUGGGAUCUGGUCACAUCAACCAACAGGCAAAAAUUAUAAUGGAAACAAAUGGAUUAGAAAUUUCAAUGUUGGUUUAGAUGGAAUUCAUUACUUUAAAGCAAAAAAUGUAUAUUGAACAAAGGUUAAAGGUAUAUGCAAAUAUUUAAAAAAAUUUAAAAAGCUCAACUUUUAUGAAAGCUUGUUUGUAUUGAUCAUAGGAGUGGCAUGUUAAAUAAAAGUUUCAUUGAAUGAGUACAUUCUUAUUAUAUUGAUAUUAUACUUACUGUGGAUUCAUUAUUAUUUGUGAGAUACCAAUUUUCAUGGAUUUUGUUGGUUCAGUAGAACCAAGAUAUUAAGAAUAUUCAACAAAUGACAAAUUUUACAUAGACUUGUAUGCAGACUUCGGCAAAACCACGAAAUCAAAUAUCCACGAAUAUGCAAGUUUCCCUUAAACCAAGAAAGUUGGUACCAACGAAAAUAAAUGAAUCCACAGUCUGACUUAUGAUUUGGGGUCCAGUAAGGCUGCAAUAAUUGGAUGUUGUUUUCGAUCAUGAUACAAAUACAAAAAUAGGAUAUAUCAGCUAGAUGUUGCCGAGUUCUUGAAAAAGUGGUGGUUUGAAGGUUUUGACCACCAAAAUUUUGCUAAGGACCAAAAGCAAUUUUAUUAAUUUGCAAUAGAAAUAAUAGUGAGAACUAGAAGAUUUUCUUCAUGGACCACUAGUAUUUUUUUUUUCAAAAACACUUAUAUAGUAUUAUGUAAAAUUAUUUUAUUAGAAGGCUGGGUAAAGGACUGCCCUUUUUUGUCCUUUUUUUGUAAUAUAUAUAUAGUAUGUGGCAUACAGUAUUCCUAGUUUUCAGUAAUUUUCAAGAAGGUUUUUACUGCAUUGUUGAUUCCAUUUCCAAUUCAGCUGGUCAAGACCAGUUUACAAAAAUGCAGGAUAUCAUGAUCUAUCAUUUACAUGUUUAACAAUUAUUGCAUUGGGCAUUAAGGAUUAUAUUUGACAAUUGUAUAUAAGGGUACGGUAAAAUUAUGUAAGAAUUCUUAAAACUUUUUGACAUGUACAUGUAUAUGACUAUUAUGUUUUGUCCAGAUUCAAUAACAAUCUAUGUAGUUUAUAUAUAUAAUUGUGACAUUGUUAUUUUUUUUGUGAUGCUUUCUGUUUGAAUCAAUUAGAUUUGUAAUUUUAGUACUAAACAUGUUCUAAUGUUUCUUCUCCUAAAUUUUACAUUGAUUUUGUUGAACAUUUCCACAUUUAUUAUUCAUAUAUUAAAUUGUUUUUUGUACAACUUUAUUCAAGUUGAUUGAAAUAAUAUAUCUUGAAUUUGAAGAAGUGUUUUGUAUAAAUUUACCGGUUUUGACAUUAUAAAGUAGUAUUUGUUGUAGAGUGAGGUGAUUUUUUUUUAUCCAACUUUAGGUGUACAUAUAUUGUUAUUGUUAUAUAUAUAUUGUCUAGUCAAUUUGUAUACAAAUGUCAAUAUAAAGUAUUAAUUUAAUCAAUUAAAAACCAAAUUAACUAUUUAUGAAAAUGAUAUUAAAUUUCGAAAAAAGAAAUAAAAUUAUAUGUGAAUAUAUAGUCAUAUUUUUGCAAGUAUAUUUUGUUAUUGUAACAAUUUGUAAGAACUUCCUGUGAAAUAUUUGUAAGUGUUGCUUUCCACCUAUUGCGUUCAUUAAAAUUUCUGACUAAAUUACAACUGAUUACAUCAAACAAACUGUUAGACUGGUCAGAAAUCUUAAAACAAAUGCUGUUGAAGAUCCUAAAGUCAAGUCACAUAAGUGCAAAACUAUAAAAUAAACAUACGAACAAUUCCUUAUGAUUUAAAUUCUAUUUUAAGACUAUGAUGAGUGUUUUUCAUCAACUUUCUUUACAUAUUGUUAUUGUGUUGAGUUUUUUAAAAGGUGAUGAGUGGUUACUUUUUAGUUGCUUUAAAAAAUUCCACACUAAAUUUUUAUACUUUUAUCUCAAAAAGGUGCUUCCAUAUUUAUUAGAAUCAGACACCAAUUUGAAGUAAAACAUGUAAUUUACUUUGAGGUUACAAUAUGUUGUGUAUAAGUUUCCAAGGGGAGAUAAUUUUUUAUGAAAUAUGCUUAUUUCCCUUUAAUACUUCAUGCACACAUAUUAUAACUAAAUAUAUUUAUAAUUGAGUAUUUUAGUUUUUUAAUUGAAAGACCCAUUUUGGACCUUGUAUAGAAUAACAACGAUUCAAAAGAGAGCCUUCAAAAAGAUUUAAAAUGUCUUGGCAACACUCCUGUCAAGUUCAUUGUAGACAGGAAGUGGAAUUGAGGAUUGGUAGUAUGCUUUAUAUAAUUUCUUUUACUGCAGUUUUCCAGUUUAAUUUGAUGAAACAAAUUGCACUUUGGUAAGAAUUAUCAUUAAACUGAAAUAAGUGGACAGCAACACUCACAAUUAAAUCACAGUAACAAAUUUUAUUAUUGAUCAGUUAAAUCCAUAAAUAUAUACAAAUGUACAUGUACUUAUAAGUACGAGAAAGAGAUGCAAGAAAAUAUCUAUAACUCAGAACUUGACAACAAAAGUAAACCAUGGCAUUUAACAGUCUUGAUUAUUAAUUUAUAAGUGUCACACCAUAUGAUUAACCUGACAAAAAUGGAUUUAAGCCAAUUUAGAGCUCAACCUUUGCUACAGGCACAUGUUUCUUGUUGGCAAUAUGUUGACCUCUGAAUUUGUCAAAACCAUCAUAUCCAGCAUCCAUAAAAAAACAUUUUUUCUCAAUUGUUGCCAACCAAGAAAAGCUAUUACAGCAAGUAUUUAUAAGUAUAAUUCACUUGUAUUUUUAACAAGAUAUAUGUUAGAAGUGGGGAAUAGCUAGUGAUAUACUGUAACAACAACCCACAGCUAGUUCAAUAUAUGUUUGUAAAAAAAUGACAAUUUCAAGAAGGAUGUGAUACUAAUUAUUAUUAAAUUAUUUUGUGUCAAGUUGUAUAUAAUCAUAAUUAAUUAUUUAUUCUGUUAUUUCUUCUAAAAAAUGAUGAUUUUUCUUAAAAGUUUGUUUGCUUUUAACUUGGUAUAUUAGAUUCAUUAUAAAUAUAAACUUCUCACAUUUCAACACAAACAAAUAGUUUAUUUCUAAUUGAAUGUUAUUUAAUUAUGGAUCUUUAUUUAACAACCAGUAUCUAUAAAAUAUAUCCAAUAAAAAUCUGAUCGUAUUCUGUAAUCAAGAUGUAGUAAUUGCUAGCUCAAUAUAAUUAAACCGCUCAAUAGAAUGAUAAGUAAAUGUGAUUGGAAUUUGUCUCCAACAACCCAUUCAAAAUUGGUAAGGCCAGUAUUAAAAUAUUUUUUGUUUUUUUUGCAAGCAUUUUCUAUAGUUAGUUUGAGAAGUUUAAUUUUGUUCCCAAAGAAUCAGUUAACACUAUCAAUUUUUAACUUCAGUAUGUUCAAAGUGCUUAUUUCAGAAUUUAUAGGAAUAAAUUGAAACAAAAUCUAUUGAAAAUUUCUUUAAAGGUAAUAUAAAAAGAAAAAAAUAGCUAUUUACUAUUGGUCUUCUUUAUUAUAUUGGAAAUUGAGCUGUGAUUUUUUUUUUUUUUUCAAUAGUGUUAACAAGGAUUUGUAUAGGAUCUAACUAUACAAAUCCUUGGUGUUAAG